GGGUCGUUUGUAUUCUAGCACAACCACUCUCUCUUCAAACAUCAAACAUUCUUUAACGAUGGUAAAAUUGGUUUAUGCCACCAUCAAACUCAGUAAACGGUCAGCCUUUGGUGACCUCGCUCAUCGUUUUUUAAUGAUAGGUUCGUUCCUGGAGGCAGCUUGUAUCUCUGACACUAUCACUGGCAAAGCACGAUUGGCAGUCGUUAUGUAACAUUCCACGUUGUCUUCUGUCGAAAGCGAGACGACAACCUUGUCUUCUACCGUAGAGUGUUCACUGACAAAUGACAAAGCGUCUGUCUGACCAAAAUGUUGGGUGCGUCGACAGUAAAUGUCGAGGUCAAAACUCAAUAGUACUAAGGCUCGACGCUGGAGACGAUUUGCAGAAUGGACUGGAAUAACAGAUUUUGAACUGAAAACCAUGAGAAGAGGCUUGUGGUCUGUUAGAGGAGUAAUUCUUUGACCGUAUAAGAACUUGUGGAAACAACGAACCGAAUAGACAGAGGCCAGUGCCUCUUUCUCUACCUGGCUGUACUUCUUUUCUGCCGGAGUUAACGUUCUGAUUGCAUGCAUUGUAGCUUUUUCUACCACGCCUGGAAAUUGAUGUGAGACGACGGAACCAAGUCCAAAAGCUAAAGCAACCCCAGCCACAAUGAUUGGCAUGGACUAAUCGUAGUGCGUUAAUAAUAAUGCCGGGCUAAUAAUCGUCUCGAGUUUGCAACAAGCGACUUCACAUUCUUUUGUCCAAUUCCAGGUGGUGCUCUUAUUCAGCAGACAAUUCAGUGGGUCCUGGAUGUCAUGCAUCGACGAAACGAAUGCUGAGUAAUAGGGAAUUAAUCCUAAAAAGGAUUGUAGGGCAGGGAUAUUAGUGGGAUUAGGCAUCAAUUGUACAGCUCAGAUAUUUUUAGGGCCUGAUCGGCGGUCUUCAGCGUCGAAGAUGAAGCCUAAAUACUUAACUAAGUUUAAGGAACCAAUUAUUAUUAAUGCGUUGCAGCACAGCCAUCGUGCUUUCUUGUAGCUCUUCUAACGAAGCGGCAACGGUUAAGAUAUCGUCAAGAUAGGUUGCGACCCCGGAAUACCCGAUAGGAUAGUAUCCAUUAAUUGAUGUAAAAUAAACAGGGCCGUUUUAACUCCUAAUAGCAGACGAUUAUACAGAAACAACCGACGAUGGGUAUUAACGGUUAGCUGUUUUCUCGAUUAUUCAGCAACUUCCGCAUGUAAAUAAGCAUCAGCAUGGUCCAACUUUGCGAACUUCCCACCACUCAGCAUAAUAUUUCCAAAAGGUCACUGGGUGUCGUUCAUCUGUAUUUCGCAUGACUAAUAGUAACUUGAAGUAUUUUAUUUUCCCUUUGCAAUUAAAACAUUUUUAGGUAUUCUUUUAUCUAUUGUUUAUAAGCUUUACGGUUCUGUCUAAAUAAAUUAUGCUUGAAUAUAAUUUUUUCACAUCUAUUUCAAAAGGAAAAAAUUGAGCUAAACCUAGUUAUGUCCUAUGUACGAUACAGGAAGUGUUGUCAUCAAUGUACAGUCAUGCUUUCAUAUAUAUGUUCCUAUUUUAGAUAUUUUACGGUAACACUAUGUUAUGUGUAGCUGUUCUAAAGUUUGUUGCAAUAACCCAUGUUUUCACAUGAUUAGUUCUACACUUACCUUUACUAAUGAUAGUUAAAGGGGAGAAAAAUGUCCAACGGCCAUCUAAGAUAAGUCAAAGUUUACUUAGUAGCUAAUGUGUAAAUAUUUUUUUCACUUUAGGGUCUAUUUUGGUUCAAGGAUCUGUUGAUCUAGGCAUCGAUAGGCAGAGUUGGAUGUUGCAUGCAGCUGUUCACAGUGCCAGACCAGAUGUCAGAUGUAUUAUUCAUCUAAGUACUUCAGCUGCAGUAGCAGUAUCAUGUACAAAUGCUGGUCUUUUACCAAUCAGUCAAGAAGCCAUGAUUUUGGGUGACACAGCUGUUUACGACCCGUUAAUUGUUUUGAAUAAUCUUCAGCAAAAUAGGGAAGAAGACUUAGACUCUCGUAAAGAGCGUCAUUUUGAUGCACAAAAAGCAGAAAUAUCUCGAAUAUUUUCGGAAAAAUCCCCCAGUUGUAUGGUUUUAUUGGUUCGUAGUUAUGGUCUUUUAGCUUUGGGACAAUCGAUUGAGGAAGCAUGGUUUAUUGCUUUUACAUCCAUGUUAGCGUGUGAAGCACAGUUACGUUUGGCGAGCCUUAGUUUGGAUGAAUUGGUUAUCCCUACCAAAGAAGCUCAAGAAGCCGCUUAUUCAGUAGGACGUACUCCCUCUGCUGUUCAGUUGCGAGUUGGCGAAGUUACUGGUAGUUCAGGUUGGAGGCGUGGAGAACUUGAAUUCGAGGCAUUAAUGCGUAGAUUAGACUCUGCUGGAUACCAUACGGGUUAUGUUUACCGACUAAGUCAAGUACGUCAGGGUUCAACUGCUGCAUCAACUCUCCAGAGACCACCAGCAGAUUUACUGGAUAAUGCCUCCACUCAAAAAUCUCGUGAUGCCGCAGCCCAUGUUCGUCGUGCAGCUAGUCUUGGCCGUGGUCUUCGUGGCCUCAAAGAUGUAGAAAUACCGCCUACAGUUUCAUCUUUUGCAACUUCAUACUACGGGGAUGAGGAAAGUAGAGCUGCUGCUAUUGCUGAGAUGAAAGCCAAAACACUCUCACUUUCACGUGCACACUGGCUGAGCACACCGAAUGCGUACCUCCGGGAAGAGAUUGAAGAAGUGGGUACUCCGAAUCCUAAAAAGAUAACCCACUGGACAGAGGGGUCAGAUGUCAAUAAAACACGCACCGGUGGAGUAGCUGUCCCGCUGAUUGAUCCCAAUCAAUUUGCCUUGCAGGGUUCGGAUCCACAGGAGUUUAAAAAUCAACAGAGGAAGGUGAAAGAUAAAUAUUACAAGGAUGUAAGGUCUGCUGGACCAAAAUCUCGAAUUUUACAAGGUAUUGACUUAGAAGAUGAGUCAGAUGAAACUGAUGGGGGGAUGGCAUCACCUAAGGUUGUCAGUCCGAAAGGCACACUGCUUCGAUUGGAUCCUUCCAACCCUCCGUCUCUGGAGCCUGGACAUGUUGUUGUGGUUGGGGCAGCUAGUAAAGGUAUCAUAAAUCGUAAUCAGAGACACAAUGUUGGUGUUUACCAGUCUGUAUACUCGCCAAAUCCAUUUGAUAGGAUGACAGACGAAGAUCUUGAGCGCUACAAAGAAAAUGUUGAACGUAAAGCUAAAGGUUUACCCUCAUUAGAGGAGGAAGAGGCAAGAGCUCGCAUAGAGGAAGCUCGGCAGGCUGUGGUGGUGGCACGAGAGGUGAUGGAAGCAGCUUCUCGUAUGGGUACAGAACAAAAAUAUAAUCAAGAACUUAGUUUAGAUGUAAGUCGUAUUCAUGCAGUUCGGUCAGAUACCAGUGGAGCUGAAGCUAGCCAUGAUGAUACUGAAAAAGAGGCUAGAAAAGAUGAUAGUAUAUCAGAAAGGAAAAAGAAACGUCGUUUCAAAAUGCCUUCAUUUGCACGAAAAUCCAAGGUUAAAGAAUCUAAAGAAAAGAAAUAAAUAAAACUGACGUUGAUAUUUGGGCUACUUUUUUAUAUAUAAGUAGGCAAUGCAUCAAUGACUUCAACUUUUCAGCAUUACAAGCAUGCGCCAAAAUGAACUUGGUCUGAGAUACUUUAUUGUUUUUUUGCAAUUGCUUUCUUCACAUCAGUGCGCUCAGCUUUGUAUCUGUCUGGCUAAAAAUUUUCAACUGCGUACGCCGUUAUUGUUCGGGCUUACAUCGAAUAUAAUUCACCUCGCCUAAAUUUUUCUUCAAUGUCGAAUAUAUAGAUAUGAUCUUGAUUUGAUCCUUACAUUUCUACGUUUAAUCCCUAAUCUACUAACUUAUGGCUUGUUGUGAAAUUUCUUAUUAUUCGUAUUGAUCUGUCAUAGUGGCUCGUUUGUUUAAUUUUAAUUGCUUUGUUAGGAAUUAUGCAUUCAUUGUUCUUGAGAAGGAGUAAAUAAAAUCCUGAUUUUGUCAAUGAUUCGUUGUUACUCCUGUGUAGUUCUUAUAAAAUUAUCUUGAAAAUCGUAUACUGAAUUCACUAUGGCUUUAUUGAUAUUCUUUUAUUUUUUCUACUGCUUUAUUGUUUGCAUCUAUAAACGUUUUUUUUAUUUA